AUGGGUCUCGUCGGCGGCUUCUGUCUCGGACUUCUGGCAAUCGUUCUCCCACCUCUCGCCUGCGCGGUAAGAACUGGCUGCGACCACCACUUCAUCAUCAACAUCAUUCUCACAAUCUGCGGCUGGAUCCCUGGAAUCUUACAUGCCUGGUACAUCAUUCUGCGCUUCCCUGAUGGCAAAGACGCCACCCGGCGCAGAGAGGCAGUAAGGCAAGGUCGUGCUCCGGUUGUGCAACAAGGAUACGGACAACCGGCUGCUGCUCAGGGCGUGUACUAUCCGCCUCCGCCACAGCAGGAGACCGGGUAUCGUUAUUAG